AUGCAUCGCGUUGGCUCCUGGAGCCUCGAUGACCUUGACUCAGCGAGCAUGAAGCACCCAUCGAGGUCACCGAGACUCGAGAUUGCUAUGGCACUGUUCGGCUUGGUAUGGCUGUUGCGUGUUCGCUCGGAGAUGCGUCGUUGCUCGAAAUGUCGACACGACGAGACUCUCGCGGCUCAGCAGCAGCAGCAGCAACAACUGCAGCAGCAGCAGCAACAACAACAGCAGCUGCAACAGCAACAGCAGCAACAUCAUCUACAUCAUCAUCCCCGUCACCAGCAGCGCACGCCGUCGCAGACCACCAGUCUGCAGACGCCAGACGACGCGGUCAGCUCGUCGGCGAACACACUGUUCACUUUGGACACGCCUGGCGCCGCCGGUUCCGCCGGAAGUUACUGCGAGGUGCACGGAUACGUGCAGGCAAAAGAAGAUAUCCAGGAGUUUUACGAGCUGACGUUGCUCGACGAGUCGAAAUCGGUGCAGCAGAAAACGGCGGAGACGAUCCGCAUCGCCGACAAAUGGGAAGCCAGCGACGGGCCAAUUACGCCGACCUUCGCUCAAAACGACGGUGGUCCAGACUUCCCGGUGAACCAGACUCUGUCGAACAUUUAUGGCCGCAAGUCGGCCAGUCCAGAAGCUCCGGACCACGUAGACGAAACUCAGAAGGCACGUUACACUGGAGGGGGAGUGGAGGAGCAGCUGCCACCGCCACCGUCGCCACCACAAUUGAAAGAGGCCGGGCAAUUGGACGGAGUUCCUAGACCGAAUUCGGUUGAUCGUAUCCUUCAUCCGGAUGGUAGCCAGCACAUUUUGACUAGUCACGAGACUCUAAAUAAGAGUCACGACAGCUGGCAAGGACACGACGGGGACCAGGCACACACGCCCCUUCUUGCGGCAGACACGAGACAUGUCAACGGAGACGAUGAUUGGGAGUACGAGGAGAUCGUGCUCGAGAGGGGUGGCGCUGGGCUUGGCUUCAGCAUCUCCGGGGGCACAGAUUUCGGCAACGACACUGCCAUUUACAUCACGAAACUUAUACCGGGCGGUGCCGCUUCCGCGGACGGCCGUCUGCGCGUCAGCGACACGCUAUUACAGGUGAACGACGUGUCCGUUGUCGAUGUGCCGCAUGCGGCGGCCGUCGACGCGCUCAAACGGGCAGGCAACACCGUUAAACUAUACGUACGCCGACGGAGACACACGCAGCUGAUCGAAAUCGAGCUAAUUAAGGGUAACAAGGGCCUCGGUUUCAGUAUCGCCGGAGGUGUUGGCAAUCAGCAUAUACCCGGUGACAAUGGAAUCUACGUGACGAAAAUUAUGGAGGGCGGUGCAGCCCAGGCAGAUGGCCGACUUGUCGUUGGUGACAAAUUGGUAGCCGUCAGAAAUGCUCUGCAGGGCGAAGCGAACCUCGAGAAUGUGACGCACGAGGAAGCAGUGGCGACGCUGAAGGCGACCCAGGAUCGCGUGGUUCUUCUCGUGGCGAAACCGGAAACCGGAAUCGUUCCACCGCCGCCACCCCCGAUGGCCUCGGACAAUUCGCUCUCGCCGCAACCACGAAAACAAAAUGGUUCUGUGUCGGCGCUGGAGAACAACUCGACGCUGCCGUACUCGCAAGAAUCACGUCACGCGUCUUCUCUCGCUCUUCACGGCGCGGCCACGCCACGAGCUGUUUCUCAGGAGGACGUAUCACGAGAGGUACGUACCGUCGUGCUCAACAAGGGUUCCUCCGGUCUGGGUUUCAACAUCGUCGGUGGCGAAGAUGGCGAGGGAAUUUUCAUUUCCUUCAUCCUAGCCGGAGGUCCGGCAGAUCUCAGCGGUGAGCUACGUCGCGGUGAUCAGAUACUCAGUGUCAAUGGAUUUAACCUUCGGACAGCCACCCAUGAAGAGGCCGCCGCGGCCCUUAAGGGCACCGGGCAAACAGUGACGAUCACGGUACAGUACAAGCCCGAAGAUUACAACAGAUUCGAGGCCAAGAUCCAUGAUCUUAAACAACAGAUCUCCCAGCAGAAUAUGAUGACAGGCACCCUCAUGAGGACCUCGCAGAAGAAAUCACUUUACGUUAGAGCGUUGUUCGACUACGAUCCUAACAAGGACGACGGGCUGCCGAGCCGCGGUUUGGCGUUCCGUUUCGGUGAAAUCCUACACGUGACGAAUGCCAGCGACGACGAAUGGUGGCAGGCAAGAAGAGUAACUCCUCAGGGUGAGGAGGAAGGCCUCGGCAUAAUACCGUCUCGCAAACGAUGGGAACGGAAGCAGCGUGCCAGGGAUCGUUCCGUCAAGUUCCAAGGCCACAUGCCGGUCAUCCUCGACAAGGUGAGCUCGAUCGACCGGUACGACGAAUACGCCCAACUUCCGAUUGAGCUUUUGUGUUUUUUACCAUGUGAAAACGUGACAUGUGUUUUGUUUUUGCCUGCUUGUGUAGGGUCGCCCACGACACCCGAGAACGAAAACGAUCCUACAACAUUCAUGCUGUGCUACACCCAGGACGACACUAACACCGAAGGGAGUAGAGAAAUUUUAUAUCGUGUCGAACUGCCUUAUAUGGAGGAACUGACGUUAGUUUAUCUGGAAAAGGAGGACGAUGAGAAUAUUAACGAGUUUAGCAGCGAAGAAAACGUGUUGUCGUACGAGGCAGUCCAGCAGAUCAACAUACAAUACACACGACCCGUCAUUAUCCUCGGCCCUCUCAAGGACCGCAUCAACGACGACCUCAUCUCGGAGUUCCCCGACAAAUUCGGCAGCUGUGUGCCACACACAACGAGGAGUAGAAGAGAGUACGAGGUGGACGGCCGAGAUUACCACUUCGUGGCAUCCAGGGAACAGAUGGAGAGGGACAUUCAGAACCACUUGUUCAUCGAAGCUGGACAGUACAAUGACAAUCUUUAUGGAACGUCCGUGGCGUCUGUACGGGAAGUCGCAGAGAAAGGAAAACACUGUAUUCUCGACGUGAGCGGAAACGCGAUCAAGAGGUUGCAAGUGGCGCAGCUUUAUCCCAUCGCCAUCUUCAUUAAACCGAAAUCCGUAGAGUCGGUUAUGGAAAUGAACAAGAGGAUGACCGAGGAACAAGCGAAAAAGACGUACGAUCGAGCACUGAAAAUGGAGCAGGAGUUCGGUGAAUACUUUACUGCCGUGGUGCAAGGCGACACGCCCGAGGAGAUCUACGCGAAGGUGAAGGAGGUGAUCUCCGAGCAGUCAGGCCCGAACAUUUGGGUACCAUGCAGGGACCAGCAACUGUGACGUCCUGCCCCCCACGCUCAGCCCGGUCCGAAUGCUUGGACCCUACCUCCGAGGCGUCAAGCUUAAUUACUCUUAAUAAAA